AUGAAGUCAAUGAAUGACUUAAGAAGAACACUGAAAGAAGAAUUUAAAUUAACCGAUCAAGGCGAAGCAAAAUCAUUUCUAGGUAUUAAAAUAGAACGUACUGAAGACUCUAUGAAAAUUAGUCAAACUCAUUAUUUGGAAAAGUUGCUGAAGAAAUUUUCAAUGGAAGACUGCAAGCCAAUAUCGACACCUAUGGAAACCAAACUUAAUACAGAAAAUGGAGAGGCAACUAAUAAACCUUAUCGCGAGUUAAUUGGCUGUCUAAUGUAUGUAAUGAUUCAAACAAGACCGGAUUUAAGCGUUGCAGUGAACUUGUUUAGUCGAUAUCAGUCUCAACCGACAGACAGUUUAUACAUUCAACUCAAAAGAGUACUACGCUAUGUGAAGGGUACUACUGAUUUUGGUCUUAUCUAUAAAAAGGGUAAAGAAGUAAGUCCACUAAGGGGAUUUGUUGAUGCAGAUUUCGCUAAUGACAUCAACGAUAGGAAAUCUACCUCUGGAUACUUAUUUCAAAUAUAUGGAUCCACAGUUUGCUGGUCUACAAGAAAGCAAUCAACAGUAGCAAUCUCCUCAACAGAGGCUGAAUAUCUAGCAUUGGCAUCAGCUAUACAAGAAGCUAUGUGGCUCAAAGGUUUACUUGUUGAAAUGGGCGUUAUAGGAGCAGAUGAACAAAUUGUUUUGUAUGAAGACAAUCAAUCCUGCAUCAAAAUUGCUGAAGAGCCAAGAAAACAUCAAAGACUUAAACAUCUAGAUACCAAGUACAAUUUCAUUAAUGAAUCAAUUGCCAACAAUGAAAUAAAAUUGGAGUAUGUUCCAUCAGAAAAUCAGCUAGCCGACAUUCUUACUAAACCACUGUCGGCUUCAACAUUUAUGAGACUGAAGAAACUUAUUGGUGUCAAUGAAUACUAA